GCAAAAGAAAAAGAAACAGCAAUGAUAAAAAGGCUAGGACGCAAACGGUGAAAAACGAAAAGAAGGAAAUAGAGAAAGGAAAAGGAAAAGAAAUAAGGAAAAUAGAAAAAAGGAAAGGAAAAAAUGAAAGGGAAAUUAAUAAGGAAAUAGAAGAAAAGGACGAAAGUAAAAAGCAAGGACAAGAAAUAAGAAACAAAAAAGAACAACAGAGAGUACGAAAGCAACAUAGCCCAAUAAGAGAAGAAACUAAAGAAACAAAAGAGCAAGGACAAGAAAAGCAAGCAGGCAGAGAAAGCGACAGACAAGACAGAGAAGACAAUAGGAAAAAAAAAGACAAAACAAAGACCGAAAAAAGAACGAGCAAGAGGAAAGGAACAAAAGACGACACGAGAAAGCAGAAGGAAGAAGAAAAAUAUAGACAAGGAAAAAGGAACAGAGAAGGAGACAGCAAAAAAGAAGAUAGAUUAAGUCGAGCAAGUAUAGAAGUGAACGAAAUAGAAAGAUACAACCAGGAACAAGGAAUAAAAGAAAGAGGGACAGACAAGAACGAAAAGGAUGAGAGCAAUAGAGACAGAACACAGACAACAAUGGACAAACAAGAAGAAAAGGAACAGCAAUGGAAAGAUAAGAAAAAGAUAGGAAACACGAAAAAAACAGAAGAAACAAAGGAAAAAACAGAGGAGAAAAGGGCAAGCAAAAACAAGAAAGAGACAGGAGAAAAUA